AUGACUUCUACCGAUACUUAUCUAGCCAUCCCAGGCUCCGUUGCCUUUUCCCGCUCCCGGGGGCAUGCUAUUGCUACCAGCAUCGGUGUCCAGGACGUUCGAGCCCAGUGGAUUCAUUAUGUGCAUGCCGCCCAGCCCUUGGACGAGCCCCAGCGUGCAGUACUCGAACAAUUGCUUCAGUACGGCGACAUCACAGACAUCCCUCCUACUUUCGAAUCCACCGACGGUCAAUUCGAUACCUUCUACAUUUUUCCACGAACCGGCACCGUCUCGCCAUGGAGCUCCCAAGCAACGGGCAUUUCGCACGUCUGUGGCCUGCAGAAGUACGUCAAGCGGAUCGAACGGGGUAUGAAGAUUUCGUGUCUUCGGAACAGUGUGGAGGACUACAAGCCGGAGUACAUGGACACGCUUCAUGAUCGGAUGACUCAGAUCAUUAGCAAGGAUGAGCCCGAACUAAGCCUUAUGUUCUCUGAGCACGCUCCACAGCCCCUCAAGACCAUCUCCCUCCAGGGCGGUACCAAGUCCCCCAAGGAGAUUCUCCAAGAGGCAAAUACGGAGCUCGGCUUGGCCCUCGAUGAUACAGAAAUUGAUUAUCUGGCUGAGGCCUAUGGUCCGAAUGGCGCAAUUGCCCGUGACCCUACUGACGUCGAGCUUUUCAUGUUCGCUCAGGUCAACUCGGAACAUUGCCGACACAAGCAGUUCAAUGCCUCCUGGGUGAUUGAUGGCAAGCCCAUGCCAAACAGUCUGUUUGCCAUGAUCCGCAACACACACAAGAAGCAUCCUGACCACACCGUCAGUGCUUACAGUGACAAUGCCGCCGUGCUGGAGGGCCCCGAGGCCGCCUUCUGGGCCCCCGAUCCGACAACCGGACAGUGGAUGCACACCAAGGAAGUUGUACACUUCCUGGCCAAGGUUGAGACGCACAACCACCCCACUGCUGUUUCACCUUACCCUGGUGCGGCUACGGGAUCCGGCGGAGAGAUCCGUGAUGAGGGUGCUGUCGGUCGUGGCUCGCGCCCUAAGGCCGGUCUCGCCGGCUACUGUGUAUCGGACCUUUUGAUUCCUGGCUUGAGGCAGCCAUGGGAGCUCGAUGUCGGCAAGCCAAACCACAUUGCCAGCAGCUUGGAUAUCAUGUUGGAGGCACCUAUCGGUAGUGCUGCUUUCAACAACGAGUUUGGCCGUCCCUGCAUUGGUGGAUACUUCCGCACUCUGCUCACCGAGAUUGACGUGGGCAACGGCGAAAAGGAAGUGCGAGGAUACCACAAGCCCAUCAUGAUCGCUGGUGGUGUUGGAACCGUUCGCCCCCAACACGCUAUCAAGCACCCAGAUGUUGUCAAGCCGGGUGCUUUCCUUGUCGUUCUUGGUGGUCCGGCCAUGCUUAUUGGUCUGGGAGGAGGUGCUGCCUCCAGUAUCGCUUCUGGUGAAGGAUCCGCCGAGCUCGACUUUGCCAGUGUCCAGAGAGGCAAUGCCGAAGUUCAACGGAGAGCCCAGGAGGUUAUCAACGCCUGCGUGGCCAUGGGAGACAACAACCCCAUCAAGUUCAUCCACGAUGUUGGUGCCGGUGGCUUGUCCAACGCCCUUCCUGAACUGAUCCAUGACUCGGGCUUGGGAGCUACGUUCGAGCUUCGUGAGAUCGAUAACGCAGACCGUAGCAUGAGCCCAAUGCAAAUUUGGUGCUGUGAAGCCCAAGAGCGGUAUGUCAUGGCCGUUGGUGAGGAGAGCAUGAACAAGUUCACUGCUAUCGCUCACCGUGAGCGUUGUGGCUUCUCCGUUGUCGGUCGUGGCGGCGGCUCGUCCGAGGAGGAAAAAAGACUCAUUCUCCUUGACCGAGAGUCCAAGGAGUACCCAGCCCCGAUUGACCUUCCUUUGUCUGUACUUUUCGGAAAGACUCCUCGCAUGACCCGAACUGUCGAUUCGCGGAAGCUGAAGCUGCCCGCCGUGGACUCUAGCCUCACCAAGUACCUUCCCUCUCUCACCUCGAAGACGGAAAUUGUUGAUGAGGCUAUCAACAGAGUGCUGUCUCUGCCUGCAGUCGGCUCUAAGUCUUUCUUGAUCACCAUCGGCGACCGCACUGUCGGCGGCCUGACAGCCCGUGAUCAGAUGGUUGGCAAGUGGCAGACACCCGUGUCGGAUGUCUCGGUUACUGCCACCUCCCUAGCCCCAGGUAUGAAGACCGGUGAAGCCUUCGCCAUGGGUGAAAAGCCUACUUUGGCUCUCAUCUCAUCGGGUUCGUCUGCUCGUAUGGCUGUUGCUGAGUCGCUCAUGAACCUGGCUGCUUCCGAUCUUGUGGAUCGUCUUAGCCAAGUGAAGCUCUCUGCCAACUGGAUGUCUGCUGGUAGCCACCCUGGCGAGGGUGCUGCUAUCUAUGAAGCCGUGGAAGCUGUCGGUCUGGACCUGUGCCCUAAGCUUGGCAUCAGCAUUCCCGUUGGCAAGGACUCUAUGUCCAUGAAGAUGAAAUGGAAGGAUGAGGCCUCGAAUGAGGCCAAGGAGGUCACUGCUCCCAUGUCCUGUGUCAUCUCUGCCUUUGCGCCGGUUGGCGAUUUCACCAAGACCUGGACCCCGGCUCUUCGUAGCUUCGAAGAAGUUGGUGAGACUGUCCUCAUGUUUGUGGACCUUUCGUUCGGUCGCAAGACGCUUGGCGGAUCGGCUCUUGCUCAAGUCUUCAACGAAGUCGGUUCCGAGUGCCCUGACAUUCGUGACGUUGAUCUCUUCCGGGACUUCUUUGAUGCUACACAGCAACUCCAGGAAGCCGGAAUUGUUUUGGCUUACCACGAUCGCUCGGAUGGUGGUCUUCUGACUACUCUUGUUGAGAUGAUGUUCGCCGGUCGCUGCGGUGUUGAGAUCAUGCUCGAUAACAUCUGUGCCUCUUUCAACACCAAGGAUGUCAUUGAAACCCUUUUCACCGAAGAGCUUGGUGCUGUCUUCCAGGUCCGUAAGGAGCACGAGAUCCAGUUCCGCUCAUGCUUCGCCACUUGUGGUCCUCCUCCUGGUCUGAUCCACAAGAUUGGACGCGUAUCCGAACAACCCAAGCAGAACCUUGCCAUCUACCACAAGGCCUCCCUGAUCUACCGCAACACCCGUUCCAGCCUCCAGCAGACCUGGGCCAAGACCUCCUACCACAUGCAGAAGAUUCGUGACAAUGCGGACUGCGCGGAGCAGGAGUAUGCCAACAUUCUUGACGACGCCAACCCCGGUCUCUCUUGGAACCCUACCUUCGACCCCAAGGACAAGGCCUUGCCCAUGAUGACUAGCCUUUCGCAAUACUCCCCCUUCGCCAACAAGCCCCGCGUUGCCAUCCUUCGUGAGCAGGGUGUCAACAGUCAAGCUGAGAUGGCCUUUGCCUUCAACACCGCUGGUUUCUCCGCCGUCGAUGUUCACAUGACCGAUAUUAUUUCCGGCCGCGUGUCUCUUUCCACCUUCGCCGGGCUCGCUGCCUGCGGUGGUUUCUCUUACGGUGACGUCUUGGGUGCCGGCCAGGGCUGGGCCAAGUCCGUUCUGCUCCACGAGAACACCCGCAAGGAGUUCCAGGAGUUCUUCGAGCGUCCGGAUACUUUUGCCCUGGGUGUCUGCAACGGCUGCCAGUUCCUGUCUCGUAUCAAGGAUCUGAUCCCUGGUGCAGGUUACUGGCCCAGCUUCGAGCGCAACGCCAGCGAGCAGUACGAAGGCCGUGUCUGCAUGGCCCGCAUCUCCGACCCUGACCCAUCCCGCCCCAGCGUCUUUUUCCACGGCAUGGACGGCACUUCGCUCCCUAUUGCCGUUGCUCACGGCGAGGGUCGUGCCUCCUUCGCCAGCUCCCAGGGCGUCUCGGCUUCCGACUUCGUUCGUGAGGGUCUUGCCCCCGUCCGAUUCGUCGACAAUUCCUCCCUCAAGCCUACCAUGAAGUACCCCUUCAACCCUAACGGCAGUCCCGAGGGUAUUGCCGGUGUGCGCAGCCCCGAUGGUCGUGUCCUUGCCAUCAUGCCUCACCCGGAGCGUACCGUUAUGAACGGUAUUGCCAGCUGGUUGCCUCCGAACGCCGAGUCCUGGGGUGAGAUUGGCCCUUGGGGACGUGUCUUCUACAGCGCCAGACGCUGGCCUAUCAUGGAUUCCGCGGCGCAAGCAAGAUUCGAUCUCGUGAGACCCCACGCAAACUGCUCUUACUUCAAACAGACCCUAAUUUUCUCGCAGAUCAAUUCGAACCUCGCAGAAUUCCUAAACCCAGAGAUUAUUCAGGAUAUUCUGACCAGUGGACGCAAUCCUAGGUGCUACUGGGGGACAGCGACCACGGGUCGCCCUCAUAUCGGUUACUUUGUGCCAGCCCUGAAAAUUGCCCAGCUGCUACUUGCAGACUGUGAUGUCGUUAUUCUUCUAGCUGAUGUCCACGCCUUCCUUGACAACUUAAAGGCACCAAUUGAGCUUGUGGAAGCACGCGCUCUGUACUACCGAAACAUUAUCACCGCUAUCCUUCAGGCCGUCGGGGUUCCUACUGAAAAGCUCGAAUUCGUUCUCGGUAGCUCUUACCAGAAGAGCCCUGAGUAUGUAUUUGAUGUGUACAAGUUGUCUUCUUUGAUCUCCGAAGGUCAAGCUAAGAAAGCGGGAGCGGAGAUUGUGAAACAGACCUCUAAUGCUCCGUUGAGUGGACUACUGUACCCAGUUCUCCAGGUUCUCGAUGAACAACAUUUGAACUGUGAUGCUCAGCUCGGAGGGAUAGAUCAGAGGAAGCUCUUUACCGCUGCGACAGAGUGGCUCCCUAAACUCGGAUACCGUGUUCGUGCCCAUCUUCUAAAUCCUAUGAUGGCCUCCUUAUCCUCCGGCAAGAUGAGCUCCAGUGAUAACCCAGAUAGUAAAAUCGACCUGCUCGACCCUGCCGAGACCAUCUCAAAGAAAAUUCGCAAGGCAGAGUGCAUCCCCAAGGUCGUCGAAGACAACGGUGUGAUUUCAUUGGUCGAACACAUUCUAUUGCCCGCAGCUGUCCUUAAGGGCCACGGAGAAUUCCGCGUCGAGCGUAAGGACGCUGAGCCUCUGGUCUUUACCGAUAUGAAGCAGCUACACGAUGCUUAUAAAGCUGAUAUUUUGACACCACAACUGCUCAAGCCUGCUGUCUCGGCCGGCAUGGUCGACCUUAUGGCCCCUAUCCAGGCGGCCUACACGGCCUCCGCGGAAUGGCAGGAGGUUACAUUAAAGGCUUACCCGCCUCCAGUUGUGCACAAGAAGGUAAAGAAGGUUAAGGACCGAGGCUCUCGCUUCCCGGGCGCCAAGCAAGAAGAGACAGCCCAGCCUUCGGAGCAAGAGGCCGCUCAACCUUCAGAGCAAUAG